AUGUCGAGCGGAACCUACAACCCGACGCAUGUCCAAGCCGUCGAGUACGGCCCGGGAAGCAUCUCCAAAUUGUCCGGCCUGGUCAAGCAAGUCUAUGCGACAGUCUAUCCGGGCUCGAGCGAUUCGCCAAAAGUACUCGUCCUGACGGGCAAUUCGCUCAAGACCAAAACUCCGGUCAUUGGCAAGAUCGAAGAGCAACUCAAGCAGGAAGGACUGUAUGGAGCGACAUUCAGCUCGAUCGGACAGCAUGCACCUAUUGCCGGCAUUCGAGAGGCAGUCAAGCUCGUCAAGGACCAAAAGAUCAACGUCAUCGUCGGUGUCGGUGGCGGCUCGCCCAUCGAUGCAGGCAAGGCGAUCGCCCACUUUAGCGCAGAGGAGCUCGGCGGACCUGUGAUGCCGCAAGUUGCGGUGCCGACGACACUGAGCGCGGCUGAGUGCACUCAAAAUGCAGGCUUCUCGAGCGAAAAGGGUGACAAAACGGGCGUCGCCGGUCCACUCCUCGUACCGCGUGCCUUGAUCUACGAUGCCGAGCUGACAAAGUACACGCCCGAAAGGCUGUGGCUUUCGACGGGCAUUCGCGCGCUCGACCACGCCGUCGAGUGUCAAUAUAGGCCACAAGCGCAAGUGCCUGUCAAGCAGAUCGCUCUCUUUGCGAUCAACACUCUGUUCACUCAGCUGCUCGCAAGCAAAGCAGAUCCCGACAAUCUCGAAGCUCGAACGGCGCUGCAGAUUGCUGCAUUUCAAUCGCUUUGGCCAAACGCGCUCAGAACACCUUUGGGUCCUUCGCAUGGACUGGGUCACAAGCUAGGCGCAACCUAUAGCAUCCCGCAUGGUAUCUGCUCCUGCCUGACACUCGCUGCUUGCGUCAGAGUACUGGCGCAUACGCUCCAGCCGGCCGACAAGGCUUGCCUCGCCAAUAUAGUCCAAUUCCUGCCUGCCGAAUUCCAACCCACGCAAAGUGCUUCUUUCUAUUCGCCGCUGUCUGGCCGUACAUCCAGUGAAGAGCUGACAACGAAGGCGACGCAAGUUGCCGACGCGAUCGACUCCUUGCUGGCAAAACUUGGCCUGACGGUGCGCUUGAGCGGGUUCAAGGUGCCGGAGCAAGAUCGUGCAAAGAUGGCGGAAGCAGUAGGCACAGCUGUCAAGGACUUCGAGGGUAUGCCCACGAGUGACCAGUUCACGAGGAUGCUGGACACCAUUGCAUAA